AAUUCAUAGUUGAUUAGGGCCAACGCAAUGAAACCCAUUUGCCUCGUACUCUGCUUGUUUUCGCUAGGCCUAAUUUAUUUAGCCAGUGCCGAAACAGGUGAAAAUGUGAAGAUCCAGACGUUCAAAAAGUAUUCAUCGUCUUGCAAAGAGUUAAACCCCAAGAAAAGCGGUGUUCAGAAGAUCCAAGUGGGUUCUGAUAUAAUCGAGGUAUACUGCGAUGUGUCAAUCGCCGGAAAAGGUUGGUUGGUCAUCCAGCGAAGGGUCAGUGUGGAGGAGAAUUUCUUCCGCAACUGGACCUCUUAUCAAGCGGGUUUCGGAGACCUAAAGGCUAACUUCUUCCUCGGCCUGAAUAAUUUGAACAAGAUUACGGCCCUGGAACCUCAGGAGCUGUAUAUUCAAAUGGUUGAUUUCACUGGAGCGAAGCGAUAUGCCCACUACAAUCUGUUCAGUGUGGGCAAUGUGUACAGUAACUACUCGCUAACUCAACUUGGAGUGUACAGUGGAUCCGCUGGAGACAGCCUGAGAUAUCAUCUGAACCAGUCUUUCAGCACCUUUGACAAGGAUAACGACAAAAGCAACAUCAAUUGUGCCGCCAGGUACAUGGGAGCUUGGUGGUACAAGGAUUGCCUUUACAGCAAUCUGAAUGGUGCCUAUCUGAGUGGUAACUAUAGCAGUCCCGAUCUAUAUGCCUCUGGAAUCACUUGGGGAGAUUGGAAGGGCUUCUCAUACAGCUACAAGACUGUUAACAUUAUGGUGCGACCGAAAUAAAGUGAUAUCGUUACAGGAAAUUA